AGCAUUUUCAAUUCUGUGCAAGACACUAUCCUAACAUUAUAUGUUCACUGUCUUAAUUUAACUCUUCCAUUCACCCUAUUAGACCAUCCUCUUGUAUAUAAGGAAACAAAUAUAAGAGUUUUGAUGUAGAGCUAGUAAAAGGUAGAAGCUCCAUCCCACCCUGUAUAAUUAGAUGUAUUUGUCUACUGCCUCAUAAGCCUUUACCUUUUGUUAAAAACACAAAAACAUGACCAAAAGACAACUGAUAUGUCCUUACAUGCCCAGAACAUACCUUUUUCCUUAUUGACUCUAAUGAAACAACCACCUUACAAAUGAAUGCUGCUCUCUAUUACAAACCUAUUACAUGUCAUUUAUUCUUUAAAUAAGUAACUCUGGUUCAUCUACUUUUGAACCUGGAUGAAUACAGAAGUGGCCACAGGAUACAUGUAGGUCGUUUUCUAACACCGGGGAUAUCUAGUCUUCAACUGGCAUAAUUUUAGGAUAACAAUAUGUUAAGGUCAUUCAGAGAAGGUCCAGGGGCAGAGUUAUCAGCCCAUGUGCCCAUGACAAUCACACAUAGUAGAAAGCUGCCCUGUUAGCAUUUCUCAUGCACAUUUUCAACAAUGUUAUAAACAGAACAGGAGAGUCUGAAUUUGGAUGUUAAAAAAUUGUAGUAUUGUACCAUGAUCAAAAGCCCAUUUGGGUCUAUCUGGGGAAUAGAGAAGCCACCCUUUUGCCUUAUCUAACAGUCUGGCCUGAAAGAUAUGCAUAUCACUAUAAAGCCUUAUUGAGGGAACAAACAUUGAGAGUUUGAUACCCAUGUAUCACACAGCAUGAGUUUUAGAAGAGGGGAAAUGGGCAAUGGAGUGUGCUCAUCACUGAUCUCCAAGCCCCCUGGUCUGGAACAUUAGGAGUUGGCCGAGCAACGGACACAGGAGGGGUGGCAUGGGGGGUGGGGUGGAGGUAUUCCAUAUGGCACAGUUGAGAAAGGCACAGUGGGUUUGCUUCCACUGACAAGGUAUAAUCCUCAUUUCAGAGUUUGCAGUCCUUCAUGAAUACAUCACCACAACAUGAGUACUAUCACCAAGGAUCACUGAAGCCAAUGCUGUGGUAGAAAACAACAGAAAAAACACUGGCUGAAGGAUAACAGAGGUCAGAGAGACUAAAAAUAACACAGAGGUAAGCAGUUGCUCUCAAAAGAAGGUAAUACCCAUCCUAUAUGCAGACAUCAUAUACCUGGACCUAAUCCCAGAGCCUAAGGGUCUGCAUAUCAAGUAGCACUUCUGCUCAAGGACACAGGCCUUGCAUCAGCCAUGUCAGUAGCCACCUUUGGAACCAUGUCAAGGGCCACCUAUGUGAGGGACUCUGCCUCCUCCUUGCCUUCUUUACAAAAGAACCAAGAGGUUAUGUCUGAGACUGGCAGAGUGCUUCAGACCUGGGUUACCCAGAUGAAGGGCUUGGCACUGGUACUGCUGCCAGAAUCUUCAUGUGUCAGGUUGGAGACUGUGCUGGUGUUGGUACUGAGUUUCCUGCCAAGCUUGUGCUGUGACCUGAAAUCAGUAUAUUCCUCAUCCUAUGAACUAGUCAUCCCCAAGGCUCUGACAGUUGAGGGAAGGCAAGACCCAGAGGAAGAGGCAUCUUAUGUGAUAUCUAUGCAGGGCGAGAAACAGCUGAUUCACCUGAAAGUGAAGACAGACUAUUUUAUCAAGAACUUUCCAGUCUUCAGCUACCAUAAUGGCACCCGGGGACAAGAAAUGCCUUUCAUCUCACAUGACUGUCACUAUGAAGGCUACAUAGAAGGAGUCCCGGGUUCUUUUGUUUCUGUCAACACCUGUUCAGGCCUCAGGGGCAUCCUGAUUAAGGAGGGAAAAUCCUAUGGCAUUGAGCCCAUGGACUCUUCAAAACAGUUUGAACAUGUGUUGUACACCAUGGCCCAUCAAGCUCCAGUCUCCUGCAGUGUCACUUCCCAAGACAGCCCAGUGGUGUCUGCCAGCCGACAACAGGGGAGCAGGAAGCCUGGCGGUCUGCAGGAGCUGUCCUCCUUGUGGUCACUCACCAAGUACGUGGAGAUGUUUGUUGUGGUCAACAACCAGCGGUUCCAAAUGUGGGGCAGUAACGUCAAUGAGACGGUCCAGAGAGUGAUGGACAUCAUUGCCCUGGCCAACAGCUUCACUAGGGGGAUAAACACACAGGUGGUGCUGGCUGGAGUGGAGAUUUGGACCGAGGGGGACCUCAUAGAGGUCCCAGUGGACCUGCAAGUUACACUGGGGAAUUUCAACAAGUGGAGACAAGAGAAGCUCCUCCAUCGUGUGAAGCAUGAUGUUGCCCACAUGAUUGUCGGACAGCAUCCUGAGCACGGUAUGGGACAGGCAUUUCUCAGUGGUGCAUGUUCCCGAGGUUUUGCAGCAGCUGUUGAAUCCUUCCCUCAUGAAGAUGCCCUCCUGUUUGCAGCGCUCAUGGUCCAUGAGCUUGGGCACAACUUGGGUAUUGGGCACGACCACUCAGCCUGCAUUUGUAAAGACAAACACCUCUGCCUCAUGCGUGACAAUAUCACUAAAGAAAGUGGCUUCAGCAACUGUAGCUCUGACGACUUCUACCAGUUUCUCCAGGAUCACAGAGGGGCCUGCCUAUUUAACAACCCUCAGCGGCACAAAGGCCGCUUGCGUAGGGAUUCCUACUGUGGAGAUGGUGUGGUGGAGGGUGAGGAGCAGUGUGACUGUGGUUCUGCCUGUUACACUGACCCGUGCUGUGACCAAACAUGUAGCCUGAAGGGGAGUGCAGAAUGUAGUGAUGGACUCUGCUGCUUUGGUUGCCAAUUGAGAAAUAAGGGAUUCGUGUGCCGUUCUGCUUCAGGAGAGUGUGACCUCCCAGAGUACUGUGAUGGCAGUUUUGCAGAGUGCCCCACAGACACCUUUAAGCAAGAUGGUACACCGUGCGAUAGACUGCACAUCUGUAUUGGAGGUCAAUGCAGAAACCCUGAUAAUCAAUGCAUGGCUAUGUAUGGGGACACUGCACGGUCUGCCCCAGAAAACUGUUACAUUUUAAUAAACAGCAAAGGGAACCGGUUUGGAAACUGUGGCCAUCCCACUUCGGCAAUGCCAAGAUACGUUAAAUGUUUUGAUGAUAAUAUAUUUUGUGGGAAAAUUAUAUGUACAAAUAUUAGACAGGUCCCAUCCAUCAAACCCCAUCGCACACUGAUCCAGAUUCCUUACGAAGGUGACUUCUGCUGGAGCUUGGAUGUCUAUAACAUUACUGAUAUCCCUGAUGAGGGAGAUGUGCACUCUGGCACUGCUUGUGCCCCGAACAAAGUCUGCAUGGAUUACUCCUGCACUGAUCAUGCUGUGCUCAAGUAUGACUGCAAACCAGCAGAAAUGUGCGAUGGGAGAGGAGUCUGUAACAAUUUAAGGCACUGCCACUGUGAGGCUGGCUAUGCACCGCCCAACUGCCGAACGCCAGGAAGUGGGGGUAGUGUGGACAGUGGUUCUCCUGACAAAACAGAGAAUGAAAAUCCAAGUGAGGAUGAAGGGAACAGUUAUAGUAUUGCUCGUGGUAGUUUUGGCAGAGGUGGUGAGAAUACACAGGAAAGUGAGAAGGAUUUAGAACAUCACUCAACUGAGUCCUCAGAAGAAAAUGAAGAAUCAGUGGACCAAAAAAGAGAAAAAGGGCAUUAA